CUGAUUAUUCAGAUCAUGAAGAGAGUGUUGCCAGCAUCUGCUUCAGUUGAGGAAUUCCGAGUAAGAGAAAAUGACACAGCCUAAGCUCUCGAGUUUUCAUCUCAUGCUGAUGCUGUCCGCAUUCACUGGACCAGCUGCUGGAUAUUAUGAAAUGGCUUUGGAAGAAUGCAUCUACAGCUCCUCUGAUUACAGUGACAUGGUGCUCAUUACUGGGUGGUACUUCAAUAAAUAUCUGUACACACAGUUCAACAGCACUGUGGGGGAGUUUGUAGGGUUUACUGAGUAUGGAGUGAGAAAUGCAGAGUUCUGGAACAAGAAUACCGCCUUACUGCAGCAAGCAAGAGCCGAGGUGGACAGAUUCUGCAAACAUAAUGCUCAAGUUUCAGACCCAGCUGUCCGUGAUAAAACAGUUAAACCGGAUAUUAAAGUCAGUUCUGUGAAGGAAUCCGAUGGCAAACAUCCAGCUGUGCUGAUGUGUAGCGCAUACAACUUCUACCCACAACAAAUCAAAGUGACCUGGUUAAAAAACAAUGUACCUGUGACGUCUGAUGUGACCUCAACUGAGGAGAUGGCCGAUGGCGACUGGUACUAUCAGAUCCACUCCCACCUGGAGUACACCCCCAAAUCUGGAGAGAAGAUCUCAUGUAUGGUGGAGCACGCCAGCUCCACUAAACCCAUGAUUGUUGACUGGGAGUCUUCUCUCCCGGAGUCUGAGAGAAAUAAGAUUGUUAUCGGGGCUUCUGCUCUGGUGUUGGGAACCAUUAUAGCAGCUGCUGGACUCAUUUACUACAAGAAGAAAUCAGCAGGGAGGAUCCUGGUACCACAUUAAUGAAGGUCCUCUGACUGACUGAACAGGGACUCAGCUUGGACCACUGAUGGAGAAGCAUUUAGUUUUUAAGACACAACUUCAUGCACAACUCUUUAACAGAUUUCUGAAACAAACAUAAUGAAAAUGUAAAAAAGCAUCAUAUCUGAGACAUAUGUAUGACUUAUGUAUGAGCUUUUUUGCUGGUAGUGAUGAUGUUAUUCAUUUAGCUCAAGCUUUUUAAAUGAAACAAUUUCAGGUUUUGUAUAUUGUGUAUUAAAUAUAAAGAUGUAUGUUAUUGUCUUUCUGACUUUAUCUUUAGUUUUAAUAUUGAUUAAUUUGCAUUCAAAAGAUACUGCUGCAAUGAUAAUUACUAAAGAUUAGCAUGGUAACAGGCUAAGAAUAUGAUCAGAUGUAUGAUAUACAGAGUCUAUAAGGGAAAAUUGUAUAAACUGAUUUAACAGUAGGCAUUAGGUUUUAUACUGUUUUCAUCCAGAUUUAAUCCUAUUGUGCGUGCAAUGAGGUUUUAAAACAACAACAUUAGGACUUUUUCAUCAGUUCCCUGUUGUUUCUUGUUACUUAUGUACAUUUUAGCUGCAAAUAAAUACUUUUAGCCUUAAAAA